AUGGAUCCCGCGGAGUUCGGCCAUUUCCGCUCUGCCCUCUCGCACCAGGGAGCCCUCGUGGGCGAACACUCUCGCUCCUUGAGCGAGAUAAUGGAAGCGCUCGCCACCAUGUCCACUAACCUCCAGACGUUGGACCAACGUAUGGAGCAAGUGCUCGCAGCCAGCGGCGCUGGAAGUGCUAACCCUGCCCACGGCGCAAACUCAGCCAGCGAGGUCCAGCCUGAACGCUCCCCUCCCGCCUCAUGCACAGAGCCAAGCAUUCCACCUCCUCCACGCUUUACCGGUAACGAGGCCUCGUGUGAACAGUUCGUUCAUCAGUGCUCAUUAGUAUUCGACCAGCAGCCCCACACAUACGGCUCAGACCUCUCCAAGGUGGCCUUCAUGAUGAGCUUGCUGGUUGACAAAGCAGCGGCGUGGGCUAUCGCACUGAGUAAGUCCAACCCAGCGAUACGCUCCUCUCUACCUCUGUUUGUGGCCGAGUUGCGGAGAGUUUUUGAGCACCCCGUAGGGGACCGCGAGGCUGGGAGCCGCCUCUUGGACCUUCGACAGCGGAACCAAUCUGUGGCGGCGUUCUCUGUUGAGUUCCGCGUCCUAGCGGCGGAGAGUGGGUUCAACGAUGCUGCCCUCCGCGCGGUAUUCCGCAAAGCGCUGCAGGUCCGGGUCAUGGAUGAGAUCGCGGUCCGAGAUGAUACCACCACCCUCGACCAGCUGAUCGAGCUCGCGAUCCGCCUGGAUGAACGCCUCAGGGAACGGGACCGCGCCCACCGGGAACGAGCUAACCACAGAGGAGCCACUGCACCUGGACUACGCCAAACUCGGACCCCGCUCCACGAGGGACGCACCCAGGGCUCCACGGACUCGGGCCGGGAUGCGUCUUACGCCGAUGAGCCCAUGCAACUUGGGGGACGGCGCCUCUCUGCGGCGGAACGCUCCCGCCGGCGGCGUCUGCACCUCUGCCUCUACUGCGCCGGGUCGGACCACCAACUGUCUAAAUGUCCAGACAGGCCCAAACGACGACCCGGCUCGCCAUCGGGGUCGGAAAGCCCCAAGCGACCGAUAUCACUGCAGGAUCGACCCGCUGGGGGGGAUCGAUCCAAGACUUCUUCCUGUGAGUAUGCGGGCGGGAGCUCGUCCAAUAAGACGUCGCUCUCGACCCAGCGACGCCCUCCGCCCAAAGGACACACCGAGAGGAUAAACCUGUCGGGGGUUCCCCGCGUCUACCACGAUCUCGCUGCCGUUUUUAGCAAGAAUGCCACACUUAGCCUGCCUCCUCACCGGCCAUAUGAUUGCGCCAUAAAAUUGCUCCCUGACGCGCCGCUCCCCAGCGCAAAAUUAUACAAUAUAUCCAGACCGGAGCAGGAGGCACUCCGCGAUUAUAUUUCGUCAUCCCUCGCAGCAGGUCUCAUUCGACCUUCGUCUUCUCCGCUGGGCUCUGGGUUCUUUUUUGUGUCCAAGAAGGACGGCUCUCUCCGCCCAUGCAUAGAUUACCGGGGCUUAAAUGAGAUAACGGUUAAAAAUAAAUAUCCGCUUCCCCUUAUGGACUCCGCGUUUUCCUCCUUACAUUCGGCCAGUAUUUUUACUAAACUGGACCUACGUAGCGCAUACCACUUGGUACGCAUCCGAGAGGGAGACGAGUGGAAGACGGCCUUUAACACACCCAUGGGGCAUUAUGAAUACCUGGUUAUGCCGUUCGGACUGACUAACGCCCCAGCGGUGUUCCAAUCUCUCAUAAACGACGUGCUGCGCGAUAUGAUUGGUCAAUAGUGUUUCGUAUAUCUGGAUGAUAUAUAAAUUUUUUCUAACUCUUUGCAGGAACACGUUCAACACGUGAGACAAGUCCUCCAGCGGCUCUUGGAGAAUAAACUUUUUGUUAAAUCUGAAAAGUGCGAGUUCCACUCCGCCUCGGUUACCUUUCUAGGCUACAUAGUGGAGAAAGGCAAGCUGCGAGCCGACCCCGCCAAGGUUCAGGCGGUGGUCGAUUGGCCUCCUCCCACAUCAAGAAAGCACUUGCAGAGGUUCCUAGGCUUUGCCAAUUUUUACCGCAGGUUCAUUCGGGAUUUCAGCAUUAAAGCGGAACCUCUGACAAGGCUGACAUCUGCUAAGUGUCCUUUUAUUUGGACGCCGGAGGCGGAGAGGGCUUUCAGUAGACUCAAAAAACUGUUCACGACAGCACCAGUACUUACACAUCCUAAUCCGUCACUACAGUUUUUAGUAGAGGUGGACGCGUCUGAUACAGGGGUGGGCGCUGUCCUCUCCCAGAGGUCCCCGGUCGACCAGAGGCUGCACCCAUGUGCAUUCUUCUCACGUCGCCUCACACCUCCUGAGAGGAAUUACGACGUGGGGAAUCGGGAGCUGCUGGCCAUCGUGCUUGCCUUGCGGGAGUGGAGACAUUGGCUGGAGGGUGCUACCUAA